GAAUAUUCCCAUCAGUCUACAAGUGAAGACGAGCAUCAAAGCAUCAUUAAGAAGUGAAAUCCGCAGAGACAGAGUUUAUUGAAGAACAGAGAGAACAUGAGAGAUCCAGAGCCCUGCAGAAUGAAACACACUGAAGAACAAACAGAGUUGAUUGAAGAAAACGAGGAGCAUGAAGAACUGAAUAAAGAGGAGCAGAAGCAACAUGUCCAAACUGGAGAAAACUCUUUGAGUUGCUCUCAAACCAAACAGAAAGAUUUAAAGAAGAGAAGAGACAAGAAAUCUUUCACCUGCACUCAGUGUGGAAAGAGUUUGACAAACAAACAGGGUCUUGAGAUUCACAUGAGGAUCCACACUGGAGAGAAACCUUACAGAUGUGAUCGGUGUGAGAAGAGUUUUACACAAUCAUCAAACCUUAAGAUGCACAUGAACAUCCACACUGGAGAGAAACCUUAUGAAUGUGAUCAAUGUGGAAAAACAUUUUUGACGGCUUCAAACCUGAAGGAGCACCUGAGAGUUCAUUCAAAGGAGAAACCACAUUCAUGUUCUUUGUGUGGAAAGAGGUUUUCACAUCUGCAGAGUUUAAAAGUACAUCAGAAGAUACACACUGGUGUGAAAGAAUAUAUGUGCUUUGAGUGUGAGAAGACUUUUAUUAGAGCUGAAAGUUUGAAACAGCACCAGAGGAUCCACACUGGAGAGAAACCUUACAAGUGUUCACACUGCGACAAGAGAUUCAGUCAGUCAGCACAUCUGAAAUCACAUGAGAGGAUUCACACUGGAGAGAAACCGUAUCACUGCACUGUAUAUGGGAAGAGUUUCCGUAAUUCAUAUUUUCUACUUAAGCAUAUCAAAGAACAUUCACAGUCAUUAGUAGGGGAUACACAAACUAAUCGACUACUCUACUUCAAUGCUCUGCCAUGACGCUUUAAGCUUGAUGUUGA